GGGAAGCUCAUUCUGGAUGUUGUCUAUCUGUGGUGGACUGCAGAAUUGCAACGCGAGGGUCAUCGUUUUAGCAAAGAGGUACUGACCAUCGUGCAAGGACGGUUAGCUUUGCAGGAACGCUUGCGGGCAGGAUGGCCGCCGGGUAGAUCUCUGAUGUGGGGGAUUAUGGGAGAUGGCCACAAUGACAGAAGACACACUCGGUGACCCCCAGUCGUCCUUCAAGGCGGUGGCUCUGCGUGUGGUCGACCUCCCUCUCUCAGUCUACAACUCCUUUUCCCAGGUGAGCCUCAGCCACAGCACCAAGAAGCUCUUUGCUGUCACUGCCUUCAGCGCCGUCUCGCUCCUCUUCCUCGCCCGUCACUUCAGGAGGAGGAAAGGGAAGAAGAAGGCGCAGUCGCCGUGGGAACCGGAGCACUAUGAGUUCCUCCCCGCUGGCCCCGCAGGGAGAGACCUGUGUCACACCAGCAGUCGCCAGAACCUCAGCCUCUCGCUAAACUCCAAGACCUGCCCGUCCUGCAGCCUGCUUCCCAACAGCAGCCUGUACAGCAGGCUGUCAGGGUCCCUGCAGAGCCUGGCGUCGGUGAAGAGUGUAAACUCCUCAAACAGCUGCACCUGUGCCAAUACCUCCAGCUGCUGGGACAAGGGGGAGGACAGCGACAUGUGCAACGUGGUCAACAUCCCCGUCACCACCCCCGAAAACCUCUACCUGAUGGGAAUGGAGCUCUUCGAGGAGGCCCUGCGCCGCUGGGAGCAGGCCCUCACCUUCAGGAGCCGGCAGGAGGAGGAGGAGGCCAGCUGCGGCUCCGUCAAGCUGGGGGCGGGCGACGCCAUCGCCGAGGAGAGCGUGGAGGACAUCAUGAGCGCUGAGUUCAUCCACAAGCUGGAGUCACUGCUGCAGAGGGCCUAUCGCCUGCAGGAGGAGUUCGAGGCCACUCUGGGAGUCACAGACCCCGCCAACGACAUCGAUAAGAACACCGACGUGACCGUGAGGGAGGACGCGGACGCGGACGACCUCUGCCUGAGGGACACGAUGAGCAUCGCCUCCACCGACUCCUUCGUCUCCGCCGCGGAGCUGUCGGAGCACCGUGAGCUGAGGAGCGCCUAUGCACUUGGCUCGCUGUGCCACUACCCCCUCUACGAGGAGGCUCUGCAGCUGGCCGAGGAGGGCAAAGUCUCCUGCAGGGUGCUCAGAACUGAGAUGUUGGAGUGUCUGGGUGACAGCGACUUCCUGGCAAAGCUGCACUGCGUGAGACAGGCCUGUCAGGUUAUUCUGUGCGAUAGAGCCACCAGAACAUUUCUGGCUGAUUCGGGGAAGCAGAUCCUGUCGUCCAUAAUCGUGAAAGCUCGCAAGAGCCCAAAGAGAUUCGAGGAGGUGUUUGAGGAGAUGAUGAACUUCCUGGAGCAGACGGACCACUGGGAGAACACGGAACUAGAACUGGCCACACGAGGGGUGAAGCAUUUGAACUUCUAUGACGUAGUCCUAGAUUUCAUCCUCAUGGACUCCUUUGAGGACCUGGAGAAUCCUCCCAUUUCCAUCCAGAAUGUGGUCAACAACCGAUGGCUCAACAGUUCCUUCAAAGAGACGGCUGUAGCAUCGAGCUGUUGGUCAGUGCUGAAGCAGAAGAGGCAGCACAUGAAGGUGUCAGAUGGAUUCAUUGCCCACUUCUACACUGUCUGUGAGCACAUAAGCCCUGUACUGGCCUGGGGGUUUUUGGGACCAAAAAGUUCCCUCCACGAUUUCUGCUGCUUCUUCAAGGACCAGGUGCUGUUCUUCCUGAAGGACAUCUUCGACCUGGAGAAGGUGCGCUACUCGAGCGUGGAGAGUCUGGCCGAGGACAUGCUGCAGCUCCUGCACCGUCGGUCCGAGCUCCUCCUGGCCUACCUGGGGGCCGACUCCCUGCGCCACCUCAGCGGCUGCGUCGCCGCGCAGGGGCCCCUGGUGUCCAGUGCCCUGCUGGGGGCCCGGGUGCAGUGAGCACCCCCCCCCCGCCUCCUCUUCCACAGUCUCUCAGCUCCACCUUCUCCAGACUCCGCCUUAACAUAAGACCAUCCUUUUUCUCAUACCAGAAGCUCCGACCACUCGCGAUGCUUCCGGCAGGCAGCCCCUGUUCCCUAUGGACUCUCACCCCACCUGCCUCAGUUAUCCCUUUCAGUCAGACCCACCUCCAUUGGGAUGCAGUUGUGAUGUCUGCCUCAUAGCAUGGAAAUAAGGGAGGAUUCAUGACACAAUCCAGUGUUAUGAACCCAUUACAAACGUGUGUACUUCAUAUACUUAUGCCAUGUUCUUUUUUCUUUUGUUUUAAUAAUCACAAUGGACUGGGAUGUAUGGGGAAAUGGCUGCUUCAAUUAACUUAUUUUGGUCAGUAUUUGGGGAAAAAUGAUCUGCUGUUUUAGUGGCUAUAUUUAUUUUAAUUGUACUUAAUGUAGCACCUUGUGUUUCGUAGGCGGCUCCGAAUAAUCCUCUAACUAUAUCCAUACAAAAUAAGUAUUGAUUCACAGUAAUGUGGUUCGGUUAGAUGAUGAUUUUGUUCUUUCAAUAUAUUGUAUUACACCACACUGCUGCUAAAAUGUCUCGUCAAAACAUACAUUCAGACCUCGUUGCAUUAGCCGACCAUGAUGCAACGGCACCAGGCUCUGUGGACGAAACUACUUGCAUCACAACACACUGGGCCUCGAGCUACAGGAACUUCCCAUGUAUUUCCCAUAAGAAAACAAUGUCUUGCAUUCUUUACACAAGUGAAAGGCUAUUCUGAAUGUAUUCUUUCCUCCACAAAUGGGGAAAAUGGAAAGCCUCACUUUAAGCACAUACUUUUUUUUUUUUGUGCCCUGUCUCCAGCUACGGUUAGCUUCUUCCUGGCAGGUGUUGCGACAGGUGCUGGAAGCAUAGUUGUGAAGCCCCCUGGCUGAAAUUCGAAUUCCCUGUGAAACCUCAGAAUACCAGGUGCCAGUUACCCCAAGCCUGGCUUGCUUAAACUGCAUGAUUUGUUAAUCUGCUGUUGCAAUCAGUGAGCAGGUUUCAGUGACAAAUGUCAGGUUGACUGGCGGUCCACCCCCUCCCCCCUUCUCUUUUUGGGACUGAAUAGCUGUGAUCGCACAUGGCCGUGUAACUCAACAAACCAGGAAUGAAAUUAUUUUUUUCAAAAGUAUCCUCCUUGUUAUUGUUAAACAUGGGCGCAGAUGAGGAUGGAGACACACAAUGAUGAACUGAGAGCAAGUCGUUUUUAUUUACGUUACAUUUUAUUUACAUACAAUUGCAUUUCCUCAGUGUGUACUGAGCUGAACAGCAUUUUGACCAUCUGUGUGCACAUCUGUAAGCAAAUAAAAGACUAUCAAAGUG